AUGGCUAGUGGCGGCGUGAAACGACCCCUAUUCAGCAAAUCGGCGUGGAUUGCACCCACGGCUGUGACCCCGGACAGCGGGUCAAUCUUCGGCCGCAAUGUCAAGUACGAGGACAUUGUCCGCGCGGAAAGAGCCGAGCGCGAGAAGAAAGCCGCAAAGGCCAAAGCCCGUGGCGCUGGCAAGGAACGAAGUGAGGGUUCAGACACGAAGAGACGGAGGAUAUCAACAGAAGAAGAGCAGGACAUUGAGAGCGGCUCGGCCAGUGAGGUGGAACACAACAAUAGGAACAAAAAGAAAGAGACGAAGGAGAAGGCGCGAGAAAGACCUGUGACGCGCAGCACGCCCACGAAACGAAAGACUCUGAGUGAUGGGCUGGAUUCAUCCCCGAAAACACAGCGGUCUCCACGCCGCAAGGCAGAUGUGAACAGCACAGCCAUCACUCUCGAUAGCGGGGACGAGGAUGAGGGUGAGGACGAUGAUCUGAUCGUGCUCACUCCCGCAAAGCCUAAAGCGAGUCUCCAAAAAUCAAAAGUGGAUAGUUUUCUGGAUGAGAGGGACUCGGAAGAAGAGGAGGAUGAAUACCUACGCCUGCUGAAGCAGAAGGCCCGCGAGAAGGCUCGACUGCAGCGCCAGGGCAGCCAACCUGUCCGGACACCCAGUAUACCGCCCGACAGAGGGUCUUCGGCAACCCUCGAGAACGCCGCCGAUCCAAGAUCACCUUCCUUCGUGCAAUCACAGCAUGACAGUCGGCCAGCAUCGUCCAACUCUAUCCAAGACUUUGGCGCCGCAUCAGCCGGCAGACGCAGCACACCCAACCUCGAGCAACAAGAAAACGACCCAGAAGUCAAGAUCCUAAUCCAGUCCGAGAUCGCCGGUACCAAAUCCCUCAUCGUCAAGCGGAAGGCAUCGCAGUCCCUGAAACAAGUGAAGGAGUUUUGGUGCCAGAGAUUCGAGCUCGAAGAGUCUGUUAGGAGGCAAGUGUUUUUCACCUGGAAAGGGACCAGACUGUUCGACUCGACGACAAUGCGUGGGAUCAUCCGUGGAUUGAAGAAGGAUCAUCAUCAUCGCCAGCGCCAACACCAGCAACGGCGGAGUUUAAGCCUGGGCAUUGAUGAUGACGAGGGCGAGGGCGGGGAUGAGGACGGUGGUGGUAAUGAUGAUGAUGGGUACGACUCUAGCAGCACCAAGGAUCCGAGCGGAGGGAACGUCAUGCUCGAAGCCAUGACGCCGGAAAUCUACGAGCAGAAACAGCGCGACAGAGAGCGUCGUCAAGAACGACAACGCUCGCAAAUCGAAGACCAAGACGACGAAAAUGAAGGCCCGUCAGACCAGGACGAAGAAAAAAGGGGCUCUUCCGCAAACGCCGCCACGGCGCCAGCCAUUGAGGACAGAGACAAAGGCGCCAUCGUGAUCCGCCUGGUUUCCAAAAACCUGGAACCCAUGCCCCUGCGGGUGAGGCCGCACACGAAGAUCGGCAAGAUCAUGCGCGGGUACGCGGCGAUGAGGAAAGUCGACGACUCGAAGACGCCGUGGCUGAUCUUUGACGGCGAGAGGCUCGACGCCGAGAGCACGGUCGAGGAAGUCGGCUUUGAGGACGAGGAUGAGGUCGAGGUUAGUAUUCGAUGA